AUGACACACGACGCCGUUUGGUUUUCUCGCCCCCGCAAGUUUGGCAAGGGCUCCAGGCAAUGCCGCCUGUGCGCUCACCAGGCUGGUCUCAUCCGCAAGUACGGCCUUGACCUCUGCCGUCAAUGCUUCCGUGAAAAUAGUGCUGCUAUCGGCUUUGUCAAGAACCGAUAA